AGCAAAGAUAUACAAUAUAUAUGCAGAAGAUGAUGAUCAGAAGUACUGAUGAGGAGAUCAAGGGAAUUUGAUGCUGAGAUUGAUGCAUUAAUGAUCGAUCUUUUGCUCAGCAAACAUGCUGAUGAUCAAACAUAUUGUUGAUGAAGUACUUGCCUUUCUUUCGGUUGUUGUCGGCCUCAUGAUGAUCAGCUGCUUGCUGGGCACAAACAUACUUGCUUCUGCUACUGUACCUCGAGAUGAAGUCGAUGCUCUCCAGCAAAUUGCAGAGACAAUGGGGGCUACUGAUUGGAAGUUUAAUGCCAAUACUUGCCAAGUCGAAACGGUUAUGUCGGGUCCGCCGCCGAGCCUUCCGAGAAGAAAGUUAGUUGCAAUUGCCAAUUCGAGAACAAUACCCGCCACAUCGUACACAUGUAUGUUAUCGUAAUUGUAUGCACUUGCGAGGUACCCUAGCUCUAGCUCAUACAUUAGGAAACAUUGUAACAUUGGACAAUGUAAACAUUUUGGGCGUACGAUUACACCCUAAACAUUUGAAACAAGUUCUGUUCUCAGAUAGAAAUAUGUAAAGUAUUAAUUUUGGCGGUCAUAAUGGAUGAAAAGUAGGUAGUAUGACAAAAUCUUGACGAAGGGACGACGAUGGGAUCUUAAAAGAUGUUGUAAAAUAUUCAUUUUUUUCUA